AUGGUCGCGCAGCAUGUUGACGCUAUAACAGUGUCAAUCAAGCUUCCGCACCAGAAAGAGGAGGUGCGGUUGAAAUUGGUUAAAUCUUCGACGACUCAAAUUUUGAACGACGCGCUACAGUUUUCGUCCCCCAAAUGCUUGACGAACCUUGACUUCUAUUUCAAUGGGAAGAAGCUGACUGGCGAGGAAGCACUUAAGGAUUUUGCCACAGAUGAUUCGCUCAAAUUGGAUGUGAAAUACAAAGCUUACAAUACUAGGGACGUUUUGAGACACAUUGUGGUCGUCCGGGACACCAUUGGCUUCGCCACGGAGACUCAGGAUGGAAUCACCGAUUUUGCUGUGUCUACUGGAAAUCAGUUUUGCGAUAUGCCGCUACAAAAGGUGAAGGUCUCUGCGGCGAAGGAAACUGACUCAACCAAGGAGGAAAAACCAGAAUCCGCGGCUUUUGAUCUCUCUAAAGAGGAGGCUCAAGAAUUUCAGCAAACAGUAAAAGAAAUACUAAAUCAACGCAAGUCGGUGAAGGAAAUCAUGACGACCAGGUCCUCAAUCGUAUCUCCUUGCGUUCGUUCACUGCAGCUCUCCAGCUACAAUCCGGUUCCCGCGUUUUACAGAUCUAAGGGUCACCUGCUGUAUCUGCAAAUAGUGACUCUGGAGGGUGAGACUUUCAACGUCACUGCCACCACAACUGGUUUCUACGUGAACAAAUUUACGGCAAACAAAUUCGACCCAAGCCCUAAAGAUCAGAAUGCGAAAACUUUUGUUUCCUUGAUUGACCUGCUUUCUUCGCAUUCUAAGAACUUCAAUGAGCAUUUCAAGAGACUUGGACAACGGGUAAGCGCUGUAGACUCUGUGUGCCACGCCAGGCCGUCAACAACCUUCUUGUGUAAACCAUGGAUGGUCUCUACUACUCCUAACUCUACAGGGGACUACUCUCGCUUUCAAUUGAACGAAAGCGAUCUCAAUACGGAACGCAACUUUAACGAUGAAUUUCAAGCAAUUAAGGACAUGACCUCUAAUGAUUUCCAGUCCAUCAUCGAUAGUGAAAAGCUAACAGCUAAGGUCUACCACGAAUUCACUGAAACUGCUGUCAAAGACGCAAUGUCCAUCUUCUAUGAUGACCUUGUGCCAAUGAACCCAGAGGCCCCAACACAGGAGCAAAUAUUUUUGAAGAACAAUAUUUUCUAUUCUUAUGUCGGUGACGUUAACGGCAGCUAUUCCUCAAUCGGCGGAGAUGCUGCUGCUUUUGCUGCUUCCAAUCAAGACCUUCAAACUGUCAAGCUUCUGCAGCGCGUCACCCUCUCAGAAAUUCAUUAUUUGUUAUGCGCUGUUAUAGACUUUGCCGGCCGCAGAGUUCUUGCUCAGACACCAGUACCAGGCUUGCUGAGCGCAAUGGGCUCAGUCACGAAGGUGGACCCCGAAUCUGGGGAAACUGUAACAGAAGACUUAAACUCUGAUGUUAACGUGGUGUAUGGCCUGGAGGAAUCGACUGGUGACAUUCUUUACGACAAAGAAUUCGACACUGCUUUGGAGUCCUUUGCGCAAAUCUUACACUUAAAAAAACACCAGGUUGGAAAUGCAGAGAUCAAGGUUUCAUCGCACUCAAAGGGAAUUGUGGGUUCCGAUAAGCGUAAAUACAUUCUGGACCUCGCCAACUCUCACCCUCUGGACGUGAACUUCGCUAGAAAAUUUUAUGACGGCAUCGAAGAAAGCAAGCGCUAUCCUCACAGGCAAACCUUGGUCAGAAAUGAGCUUGUUGAUAAGUGGUGGGCUAAUAAAAUUGAGGCUGCUGGAAUUCCUUUCGAAAAAGCCUUUGAAGAAAAAAUGUUCGCAUUCAAUCCCGACGCAUUCAUUGUUGAAGGAGCUGAGGAUCCAUUGGUGGAAGAAAUUUCCAAUUAUUUGACCGACGAAGUAAUGACUGAGGUAGUAAAGGAGUAUGCUGCCGGAAAUACAGCAGCGCCAUACGAUGGGGACCAUCUAACAGAUUCCUUGCACAGAAAUGGUAUUAACAUGCGUUAUCUUGGACACGUUAUAGGUUUGGCAGAGAACGAGUUGAAACAACAAGAAGAGAAACACGAAUCGAAGUUGGCUGCGGUUAAGGUGGACAACGAAGAUCAUGAAAACUGGGAGAAGGAUUAUCUUCUCAAAGUUGAACGGCUCAUCAAGGAAAGGCAAGCAAAAAUCAAUAAGCUGGUUGAAGAAGGAAAAGAUAUUCCCGAAGAUCUUAAGGGAAAUCUAAAGCUGGACGAAAACGAGAUUAGAAAACCUACCAAAGGUGAACCGGUCUCGGUCAAUCGCGACCACCUAUCGUGCUUGAUCAACGUGUGCCGAUUGGAAAUUGCAGCUAGAUCUCUCAAGCAUGUGUUAAGAGCUCAUGCGAAAGAUUUACCCGUUUCAGUUAUUCCUAGUCUUGUCGCCUAUUUCUUCAAUCUUCUGUUCGCGAGUUCCUACAAUGAAACACCCGUGCCUGAAAUUUUGGAUGAGUUUUAUUCUCAGACCGACUUUUCGUUCUCUAAAGUCUCCCGCACUGAGCUGCUAGAAGCUAUAAGGGUGCAAGGGCAGAAGAGAUUUCUCUUUGAUCUCUCUUCUGAAAUUUUGGAGGACUUGUGUAAGCAGCCUUUCACUUUGAUAAGGGCAGUUUCAAAGAAGUUCGGUAUCCAGCUAGCUAACAAAAACCACUUCUUUACGGUUGAGGAGUUUGAGAACUUCAAGCAGUCGCAGGACAAGAAGGUGAGAGGUAAGCUGGCUGCUCCUACUCACACCUUUUCUCCAAGCGAUUUGGCCGUUAUUCCUGUUAUCAAAGAUGGCGAGUACCAGUCUCUUUCCGGGGACAAUUUCUGGACUCAGGGUACCUCGUUAUUGAGCGAGAAGCCAGAGGACGGAUUGGUGCUUCUGAACCAGGCUUUGACAAUCAAAGAAGAAGUCAAUGGUAUUGUUCACCCCUCUGUUGCAGAAUCUUACCUAACCAUAUCCACAAUCUACCAUUCUUUGAACAAAGUUCCGGAGGCAGUCUCUUUCUGUCGCAAAGCUUGUACAAUUUAUGAAAGAACAAAGGGAGCGGACUCCUUCGAACUCAUUAGAUGCUUGACAAACCUGGCUAUCUUGGAAAUCAGCAACAAAUGUCCCUACAAUGGUGCAUGCGUGUUAAGCCGCGUAGUCAACACAUUGAGUGCUCUAUGCCUCACUGUGCAUCCUGCAAUCAUCAAUGCUUACACGAUGUUACAACAAGCCUCUUUGGCUUCUAAAAAUGCUUAUCUGGCAAUUGAAGUCAUGAAGAAACUAUCAGCCACCAUCCUUGAUAUUGAAAAUGGUCAACACUCUCUUGCAUACGGAUACAAUCAAUCUCGUAUCGGAGAUCUCUACGUGACUUUGAAGGACUACACCAGCUCUCUUAAAGCGAUUUCGGAGGCAGAACAAGUCUUCACGAGAGAACUUGGAUUGAAUGAUGAAACUACGGCCCAGUGCAAGCAAUGGGUAACCGGCCUACAAAAUCUCUUGCAGCAUCAGCAACAGCAGCAGCACUUGACGCAAACGCAAACUGCUGUAAAUUCUGGAACGCCUGCAGCCUCCUCGAAGAAGCCAAAGGCGUCGAAGAAAGAAGAAAAGUCGAACCCUGAAUUGGCCAAUAAAUCUGUCGAUGAAUUGCUGAACUACAUCGAAGGCGGCUCCACCAAGAAGCCAAAAGCAGGUAAGAAAAAGGGUAAAAAAUAA